AUGAAGCCACUUUUCUUCGCAUCUAUUGCUCCCACUUGUACCGGAUCCGACGGAACCGAUCGCCUCAGCAACCCGGAUCCGUUUCCAGCUCGGCGCCUUGUCGUCGUGGUGACUGUGCUGCUCCACUGCAGUCACCGGUGCCAGGGCAUCAUGCGGCAACGUCGAUUAAAGCUGUUGCGCCCGGUUGAAGGGGCUUCCAAGGCGAAGCCACCUGCUGAAUUAGGCCUCGUUCCCUCUUGA